AUGUCGUUCCAACCCUCUAAUUUUUCAGAUUUCUCUACUAACUUCUCUCUGCCUUCUGGAUCUGCAAGUCUUCAUCAGUCCUUCACUGAUCAUGACAUUGCAGGGCUCGAGCUCUCCGAACUUAUGAAGAAUCGCCACGUUGCCGACUUGUACACCGAGCUGCGCAGAACAAGUGCUCAGGUGGUCAAGUUAUCUGAUGUACAGACUGAAUUGAUGCAGGUUAUGCAAGAAAAUAAGCAGUUGACACAAGAGCUGCAGGCCUUAAAGUCCGAGAAGAGCCGAUCCCCAAGUUUUGUCAGUACUUCGACACUCAUGCCAAGCGACUCUGUUUCGCAUCGCGGUGGCACGAUCUCACAAGAUAGCAGCAUCGUCUCUCCUCCUGUGCCGAAAAAGACAUAUCCAUUCACGGUCCUCUGGAACAAAGAGGAUUGUAAGAAGGACGACGAUGUCCACAUCACGGUAGCUAAUCCUGAACGGAUUCCUAUGGAUCAGGCCGUUCGACACGAGAACGGUGACCUCAUCUCAAGCGCAGAGUGGCACGCAAUUCAGACGACUGCACGCGUAGUCAAGAACGAGCUUCUCUCUCUUCCACCUCCUCGAGACUGUCAGUAUCGCAACAUAAAGCGAACAAAAAAGGUAUUCAAGGCUGCAUAUCCACGCGAAUGGGAAGCAGCCAUGCUGAAGAUGGAGAAGCAACAACCGUUGCUCGCCCUUUGCUCAGACCAUUGGAAGGCAGAGUACAUCAUUGGUCCUAUGCUGCUCCAGCAGCACAAACCCGACUCCGAACUCGACAAUGAUGAUGAUGACGUUAGUCACGUCAGCACUUCCGCCACCAACACUCGUGCAUCUGAGCAUGGUGAAAUCUCCGCCUCGAUGGCCUCGCAGGUCUCUGUUGCCAACAAGAGGCGCCAUGUCCACUCCACUUCUUCAAGCAAGCCGAAGAAGAAGCCUGUCGCGGGUGUGGUAUCGCAACAUGCAGAGGGUCGAACAUCUGGCCCAGUGGCCACACCUGCAUUGGAACCGCAGCUGAGUCUAACGUCUGCCCCAGUGACCAUGCCUGUGGAACCACAGCUGAGUGCAAUCGGUAAUAUUCUCGCCCAAGUGCCUUCUGCGCCUCCCUCUGUCGUUGCCUCUGUCAUCUCUCCUUCGGUAUCUGGCCUAACGGUGAAAAGCGCCAUUGACAUCAGCUUCAUCAAUGUCGAUCCGUCAAUCGAGAAUUUGAUAGAUGCCUUGUCCAGUAGCCAUCCGGAUUUAAUAAGUGGUUUGGAGCUGCUCAAUUCCAUGAAGCUCACACCUGUAUUCGACAUCAGUUCUCCGACAUCGGAAGUCAUCACAUUCAUCGAGCGCAUCGAGAACGCUGAUCCUAACUCACCCGACCUCUCGGAAGACAAUCUUGGAACGGUGUGGGGCCAUUACCAGUUUACAGCAGGCUCGAUGACGUCCAGCUCCACGCUUGUCUCAUGGGAUGGCAUUGGGAGUGAGGCCGCACGAAGAUUAAUUGCCACCACCAUCAAGACGUGCAAGGUUGCAAGACAUGUGUGUUUUGUCAGCGGGAUCAAAACGAACACGUAUCUUAGCGAUGCAUACUUGGAGAUGACAGUCGAAAUCCUUUGGAGGCUCUGGAAAGCCGCAGGAGGACCUGUUGUGAAGGGGAAGGGCAAAGCUUUCACAUCAUCGGACUCACGCACCAUGUCCACUGCUGACGCCAUCACCAGUAUUCCUGACUCCUCUGCCGCCACUCUUACCCCCUCUGCCACCACUUUGGUCAAUGUCUCUCAGCCCUCUGCCAACACCGGUUUGUCCAUGAACUCUGAUUCGUGCCCUUCCAACUCGUCUGGUAGUGGCAAACCUAUGGCCAACAGCAAUUCUGACCCGCGUGCAUAUAUCACUUCGCUCAACAGAGACGAAUUGUUUGAAUGGAUCAUCGAUCGGAAGUUGGCGGUCAAUAUGAAGCUUGGAAAGAAGAGUUCCUCCAUUAAGAAAGACAAGCUCGUAUCAAUCAUUCUGUCCGCCGAAGCGACCGCCCAGCCAUCUAAGGCAGAAGUCGACGUCAUCGUGCAGCAGCGCAAGCUUAAGAAGAUGGCCACUUCAAGAGUUUGA